AUAGUUUAGUGAGUUUGAGUUUGCGCUAGGUACAAUUCUUAAAACCAUUUUAUAUAUUUUUCAAAUUAAAGUUGUACUCUGACAAGAUGAUGAACAAGGAUAAACUUAGCGAUGAGCUAUUAGCUCGCAUACGCAGUGAACUGGUUGCCAUUAUGGAAGAGGACGUUACCAACGGUACGGACCGCAAGAUAUCGUAUGAAAGGCUCAUGCAACCCACUCCACUGCCUACACUAGAACCCACUAAGAAAACUAGCCACAAAAAGAAGCUACAAGGGAAGCCAUCAAUGGUGAAUACCAAAACAACAUUUCGUCAGGCUGUUGGCGGCAAAUCGAUUGCCAUGAAGCCAACAAGUGAACGUUCAUCCGCUGGUCAACAGUCGUCAAGUGAGGCAUCGACAUCGUCCACUUCACUGCUGGAAAUGCUGCAUGCGGAGAAGAAGGCAUUGCAUUCUAGUCGACACUCUAGUGUGGAGUUUAUGGAAUCGCCUACUAUGAAGGGCAUGGAUGAAGAUUUGCAGAAAAUGCAAUUGGAAUUGAAAAAAAGCUAUGAGCUGUUCCAAGGCAUUGGGGAGAAAUUGGAGGCGAUUAGCUUUGGUGGCCUCAAGACACGCAUUCGUGAUUUGCAUUUGAACAGCAUGGCAAACGAUCUGGGCAAGGUGACCACCAUGGAACUGCAAAAACUGUUUGAAUCCAGUUACUUGCACAAUCGCCUGGACAAACUAACUGCAGAUGUGAGCCACGAUUUUCGUCGUCAUCCCGGUGAAUUUGGUGACAUACCCGAAUUGAGCACAUUCUUCCAAGCCUGUUCGCAGCUGGAGCAUGGUCUGGAAACGCUCAAACAGCAGCGCAAGAGCAGCAGCGAUCUGGAAAAGCGUUUGUGUUGGGCCACUGAAAUCGCUUAUGAUAGAAUGGAGGAAAUCCGUAAUGCAGUGGGCAAUAAGCCAAAGACAAAUUUUUAAGGAAUUAUCUGUUGCUUUGCUUAGUUUACAGCUUAGAUAAACAAUUAAUGUUCCAUUGUUCUUGAA